UGACAGUCCCAUCUGCCCUAGGAAAGGCCUUCGUUUUCACUUCUCUGUUCAGAAUGAAUCAAGAAAGCGUACUGGCUUGUUGCGCCGUUUGCAAUCAGCGUACCGUUAGGAGAUGUUCGCGUUGUCUCAGUAUUUACUAUUGUAACACGGACCAUCAACGCCAAGAUUGGAAAAGACACAAACCCGAGUGCGUGCCAAGAACACCAAAACAAGGUCCGAGAAACGAGAAAAUCGGCGGUGUUUCGACAUCUACGGCAGAAGCAGUGAGAAUAGGGGAGGUGAAAGACGACGCGACUCACGGCGGGGCUAGCUGUGGGCCGCAGGGCGUUUCGACACCCGACGGAAGUGCAACAAGUGAUACAAGACGUUCGAAAAGUUCAAAGAAAAAAAACGCGAUUAAAGAAGGUAGUGUUAGUGUGAGUAAACAAAACGCUGUGGGAACCUCUGGGGUGAACUCGGGCGCCGUACCUAAGAAUCAGAGCGUGAUAUCUAGUGUUUUGUGUGCUAGCAAGGAUAAGGACAAAGUGAAUAGUGCCAUUACCUACGAAGGGUCGUCAGAGCAGGAGAUUCUAAGUGAAUCAGCGCAGCAACUUAGUGCUGUCGAGUUUUCAACAGCUAGUACAACGGUGAAGACUCCUAAAUCUGAGCCAAACAUGUUGGCGGUGGCCGGUUACUCGGGGGAACAAGCCCCUAUGAAGGAAUACCCUGAAGGGACAGUGAGAAACAGUAGUGCGCCGUUUGGGCAGCCACAGAACAGUUUCUACAUGGACCCCAGUGACCAGUGGUACAACAUAUGCCAGCAAGUGAUCAGAGACAUGACGCAGUUUGGAGUGUGCGUUUUGGACAAUUUCCUUGGUCAAGAAAGGGGACAUUUAGUGAGAAAUGAAGUGUUAAAAAUGUAUAGAUCAGGUAUAUUUCAAGCAGGUGAACUGGUAGCCAACCCUGGUAGCACGGACGCGCACACGGUCAGAAGCGAUCGGAUCACCUGGAUAGACGGCAAGGAACCACAUUGCUUCUACAUCAAACAGCUUAUCAACCAAGUGGACAACAUAAUCCUGAGGGCGAACAAGAUGCCCAACAACGGGAAACUCGGAGACUACACGAUCAACGGCAGGACGAGGGCGAUGGUGGCGUGCUACCCCGGCUCGGGCACGCACUACGUCAAACACGUGGACAACCCCAACAAAGAUGGCCGCUGCAUCACCGCCAUAUACUACCUGAAUCUCAACUGGGACAAGGAGCGCUGCGGCGGCCUGCUCAGGGUGUUUCCCGAAGGUCUCGACGAGGUAGCGAACAUCAAGCCACUGUUCGAUCGAAUGGUGUUCUUCUGGUCGGACCGGAGGAAUCCUCACGAAGUUCAACCCGCCUAUGAAACUAGAUACGCCAUCACGCUGUGGUACUUCGAUGCCAAAGAGCGGACUGAAGCUUUAAAACGACAUCGCCAAAACCGCGAGCCGAAAACGAGCCAGUGAUAUUCGGACCCGCGCUCGUGUAGAGCGAGCCACGCCUUCCGCCCUCCGGUGGCGCAUUUGACCCUUCGCUGACCUGACCUAGCGAGAGAAGACUUACCUAAACCUACGUGCAGGGACUUUUAUUUUUUUUAACAAUUGUGGCCUGGAUGCUAGGGACUUUUCUAUUCUAAAGGCGUUUUCAUAAACGCUUGUUAAGUCUAACUAACCCUUGAUAAUCUAUCAUUUUGACAUUUGUGUUUUGUUAGGAAGAGACAGAAAAUGUUGCUAAGUUUUAUGAAUAAGGGGGUAAAAUACGAAUUCAUUGUACUGACAAGUUAUUAUUUUCAGUGGUAUUUUUUACCACAUUUAGGAUUUUGUUGUGUUCAAGGCGUGUUACAUUUCAUAGUUUUUUUUACUGUGAUCCCCGUAAAGUAUUAAUUAUUAUUAAUAUGACUUAUAUUCAGAAUUAGGUCGAGCAAAUUAUAGCACAAUUUUUUAAGUUUUUAUCAAUUAGUUACAUUUAUAUUCGUUAUUCUGACUCCUAUGUUCAUUCUAUAUUUUAUUAGGUAUUUUUACGCCUGCCUGAAAUAUUGUUAAUAUUAAGUUUUUUUCAUUUUGCCAUAUCUAAUUCUGAGUAGGCAGUAACCACCGCUGUAAAGUCCAUUUUUCUUUAAUAUCUACACAAAAUAGAUACAACCAUCCUGUUUCAGCACCGAAACCAUAUCCGCUUUUUAGUCUGGUACUUCCAAGCGGAACCGUGCUAAAUUAUUUAUGAUUUGCAAAUAAUCAACUGCUUUUAAUUUAAAUAGAAAUCUUUCCUCGACGCAGAAGUCGCUGACGCAUACUUAAAAAUCUACCAAGGAUAUACGUGUAUUGUAUAUCUUUUACGCGUACGUGACCUCUGUGCUACGUACACAUAGGAUUACAAGUUAAAGAUAAAAUAAAAACGCCUCAGAAACGUCAGAUGACAAAGAAAAAUCCGCCAGUGAUGUGGCGAUGUCAUCGGAUUAAUCGAUUCGUAACGUUUUUUUAAACAAUUAAGGGGAUCGAUUCGUAACAAGAUGAGGCAUUUUUAUUACUUGAAAUCAAAAAGUGUAGCGUGAUUAUUUUACAAAACAUGUAUGAUAGUAAGGAAAAGCAGUAUAUUUUGUAAUACUAUUACCUAUUACGUAUAGUUUUAAUAUUCACUCUGUCAACGGACAGAAAAGUCAUAUAUUAUUAGCUAAUAAUAGCUAGGUAGCUUAGAUGUAAGUAGUACUUUUCGUUGUCAAUUUUGAGUGUUUUUAAAGGCCUUGAAGUAUUAUUUUAUAUUGAAAAUACAUCUACUUCAUUAUUUUAUUUACAUCCGCUGGCAUGAUUUUACUUUGUAAUUGUGCAAUAUACUAAAGUAAAAAAAAACUUAUUUGGGUAUUCGCCACAUAAUUAACAUGUUGUUGCCUUCGUCUGUUUGUAGAAUUUCAGCGGAUACUAUAUGCCUAAGACUGAAUUAAAUUCUACCAUUCAAAUAUUUAAAAGAAUUGUCAUUUGAAUAGUUUUAUUUAUUUCUAUUUUGUUCAUAUAAUUAUACAGAAAACUACCAAUAUGGUACUCCUGAGUUAUCAAUAUACAUUUAGAAAUAAUCUGUAGGUAAAGAUUGCAGUUUUGAAUGAUAUGUUACCUCAUUAAAAUAGACGCAUGUCAUAUUAAUAAUGUAAAUAAUCACAAAAUGUAAUAUUAAAGUGAAUAAACGUUGAUACAUCAAUA